AUGUUGCCGUCAUAUGCAUCCUCCGGCUCCAAGGUGAUGCCUCGUCAUCACACAGGCGGCUUCUCCAAUGGAUACCCAAGGGGCAACACGUUCGAGAUAUCUCCCCAUAGAUACCAGCCACGAGCAACGCCCGCGAACCGUCGCCGACAGCGCCUCUUGACCCGUCUCGCGAUCGUUGCCGUCGUCGCCAUCUUCUUUCUGGUCUUCAUCUGGCCUGGCGCCUCGCUGACAUCGAUCGUCUCCCUCGGCCUGCUUUCUGCGAGCGACGACCUGCAAUUGGAAACAGUGCGAUACUAUGAUCUCACCAACGUGCAAGGCACGGCCCGUGGCUGGGAGCGCGAGGAGCGCAUCCUUCUUUGCGUUCCUCUACGAGACGCUGAGAACCAUCUGCCGAUGUUCUUUUCCCAUCUGCGCAAUUUCACCUACCCGCACCAUCUCAUCGAUCUUGCCUUUCUCGUAUCCGAUUCCAAAGACCGAACCCUCGAGGUCCUUUCAACAAACUUAGAAGAUCUCCAAGCCGAUGAGGAUGCCAAGCAGCCGUAUGGCGAGAUUUCCAUCAUCGAGAAGGACUUUGGGCAAAAAGUGAAUCAAGACGUCGAGAGCCGUCACGGCUUUGCGGCGCAAGCGAGCAGAAGAAAGUUGAUGGCGCAAGCCAGGAACUGGCUCCUGAGCGCAGCCCUGCGACCCUAUCACUCCUGGGUGUAUUGGCGCGACGUCGACGUCGAGACAGCACCGUUCACUAUUCUCGAGGACUUGAUGCGACACAACAAGGAUGUUAUCGUGCCCAAUGUUUGGCGUCCCCUGCCGGACUGGCUUGGAGGCGAGCAGCCAUAUGACUUGAACUCUUGGCAGGAGUCAGAGACGGCAUUGGCUCUCGCCGACACGCUGGAUGAAGAUGCCGUGAUCGUCGAGGGAUACGCUGAAUAUGCCACCUGGCGUCCUCAUCUUGCGUACCUAAGAGACCCUUACGGCGACCCAGACAUGGAGAUGGAGAUUGACGGAGUGGGGGGUGUCAGUAUUUUGGCCAAGGCCAGGGUCUUCAGGUCAGGUGUCCAUUUCCCGGCUUUUAGUUUCGAGAAGCAUGCCGAGACGGAAGGUUUUGGGAAGAUGGCGAAACGGAUGGACUAUUCGGUCGUAGGGCUGCCACACUACACGAUUUGGCAUCUCUACGAGCCAAGCGUGGAUGACAUCAAACACAUGGAGGAGAUGGAACAAGAGAGGCUUGCUCGGGAGAAAGAAGAGGAAGAAAAGGAAGAAAAGGCCAAGAAGGUUAAGGAGCAGUUCGGGGACGCAAGCAGUCAAUGGGAGAAGGAUAAAUCAGACAUGCAAAAUCUCGCAACGCAGGAGAAGAAGGGCAAAAAGGACCGAAAGGACCGAAAGGACAGCAAGGAGACAACGGAGAAGUCGGAUAAGCAAGAGACGCCGGGAAAGACAGAGCGCUUUGCAAAGAAGGAAACAUCGGAAAAGAAAGAAAGCAAGGAGAAAGAGGGCGGAGAGUUCGCCAAGAAGGCGGAAAGCUAA